UGUCGUUGAGGGCGACAUCACAUAAUUGUCGCAAAAAUGGCGUCCAUUCCGGUGUACUGUAUCUGCAAACAAGUCUACGAUGUAACGCGUUUUAUGAUAGAAUGUGACGUUUGUAAGGAUUGGUUUCAUGGAAGCUGUGUCGAGAUUCGAGAAGACCAGUCCGAUGAUGUGGAAGAGUUUCACUGCCCAACUUGUGCAAUAGUCCAUGGACCAACUAAAUUAAAGAAGAAAAAGAAUUGGCAUAGACAGGACUACACAGAAGAGUAUGAUCCAACUAAGCCUGUGCAGAUCGGAACAGCUGUGUUUUUACGGCAGCUGAAAAGCAGAGCCUUUCGACGGGCAGAUGAGAUUCUUUUGCAUCCACGGGGGCAUGAGCUGACAGUGGACUUCCUGGACAAGAAUGGUUUUCAAUUUCCCAUCAUGAUAGACAACAAGGAAGGUCUUGGACUCAUUGUGCCCCCUCCGACAUUCACUGUCUCAGAUGUACAGGAGUAUGUAGGAUCUGACAUGGAGAUCGAUGUCAUUGAUGUCAGGAAACAGGACGAGAUGAAAAUGUCAAUGAGGGAUUGGUCAGAUUACUUCACAAGUCCUAGCAGAGACAAAAUCCUCAAUGUGAUCAGCCUCGAGUUCUCACAGACAAGGUUGUCUGACUUGGUGGAGGCUCCAAGGGUUGUUCGGAAGAUUAGCUGGGUUGAGAACAUCUGGCCAGAUAAGCUGCCUGAGGACUGCCCUUAUGACAAGCCCCGUGUCUCCAAGUACUGUCUCAUGAGCAUCAAAGAUAGCUAUACAGACUUCCAUGUGGACUUCGGAGGGACUUCAGUUUGGUAUCAUGUCUUACGAGGUGAGAAGAUCUUUUACUUUGUGAAGCCAACAGAAGAAAACCUGGAAGCCUAUGAAGCCUGGAGCAGGUUGGAGCAGGAGAAACAGAGUGAAACCUUCUUUGGAGAUAAAGUGGACAUCUGCUACAAAUGUGUGGUCAAGCAAGGACAGACAUUGUGUAUACCAACAGGUUGGAUACAUGCAGUGCUGACAACUGUUGACAGUCUUGUGUUUGGUGGCAAUUUCCUUCAUGGUUACAGCAUAGGUUUACAAAUCAAAAUCCAUGAAUUAGAAAAGAGAGUAAAGACACCACCUAAGUUCCAGUUUCCAUGGUUUGAAGCCACUAUGUGGUAUGCUGCUGCUCACUUACUUGACAAAUUAAAAGAAGGCAGAGAAGAGAAGAGAAGGAUAUCACCUCACAUUAUUCUUGGUAUCAAAGACCUGUGCAGUACUCUCAAGUCAUGGACAAAUAAAAGAGAGCUGCUAAAGGCAGUUACAAGAUCUGUGAAAAUAAGACACCAUCAGAAAGAGAUUCCAGAGACGGUCAACCAGAGUCAAUUGAUCAAGGAGCUUGCCAAGGAACUGAAAUCAUAUGAGCCUCAAACAAAAAAAGACAAGAAGAAGUCUAAGAAGAAAGGUCAGCUUGACAGUAAGCAGAUUGAAGCAUUAGAGCUACUGCAUAGUGAAACAGAAGAAAACCUUCAUGGUACUACGUCACAUCGGUUACCUGCUCUCAUAUCCAAACCAUUACCAGGUUCAUAUCGAGCACAGGCCCAGGACAGUAAACCAUCUCUCAAACUACGCAUUCCAAAGGUAGAAGCUGCUGAUCAGACCUCAACGACUGCAACGUCAGAGAGUGAAGAUGAAAGGUAUCGGAAAAAGAGAAAGAAGAAUACCACAGACGCCAGGAAUCCUCAGACACUGAAAUUAGUCGUCUCAAAUGGCAAAAUUGUCAGUCGAGGUGGAUCACCUGUCACUGUUCAGAACACUGGUUUCUUACCGAUAUCUAAGAGUGAAGGCAGUAGUGAAGAGAUCAACAUUGAUGAUAUAUCAGCAGAAGACAUCAAAGAGAGGCGGAAGCUGAUGUCAUCACAAGGUUCUCUCAAACUAAGAUUAUCAUUCAAUGGUAAAUCAAAUCACCAAGGGGGUACAAGUAGUUCACAUGAUACCAGUAGUCUUCAUAAUACAUCAGACACACUUGAUUCAGAUGAUGAUGUCUUGCCUUCAGAUCGGAGUCCUAGGGCUCCUCAGUUAAGUAAUGUAGAUGUCCUGUUACAAGCCACAAAGCUUGAACCCUUACCAACAAUAAGUCUUGCAGACAUUGAAGCCGAGCUGAAGAAUCAGCCAGCAUCACCCGGUACCCAAGAUGCCAUCCAAGGAAUGCUGUCCAUAUCACUCCCAGGACGAUCAUCCACCAGCCCCACUCUUGCCCAUGAUGAUGAUGACGAUGACGACGAUGAUGACGAAGACAGCAAUGAAGAAGGAUACUCAAGAGAGAGGAGAGCAUCCAGACACCGACAUCGGAAACGAUACUCGGAUGAUCCUGAAGAGUUACCCAACUGCUUUCAAGAUGCCAAAUAUGUAUAUCCCUCCCUGGAUGAUGACGGCGAUGGUCCACUCUUCAAAUCACGCAGCAAAACUCCAAGGAGAGAUCAGUUGGAUUUACCAUGGAACCCCAAGGCCAAAGUAUCCACUCCUAGUCAGAAGCUAGUCAGACCUGUCAGGGAGAAUGCAAGGAGACCCAACAUUGAGACAGGUUUAGCUGAUGCUGCUGCCAGAUUAGCAAACAAGCCAAGACCAAAGAGGCAGUACAUCAGACGGAAACCCCUCGCACCUAAGAGGGCAGCAGAGCCCCUUGAGGAUAUCCCAUCAACCAGUAGUGCAUUCCUGGCCCAAUCUCACAAUGAUCCAUUCACAUUCCAUGAUGCUCUGGAUGUAGAGGAGCUUGACCUUACCCAGAGUGCCCCAGCUAAUCUGCUCAAACCAAACACAGCCCUCGGACCAGGAAGGCCUCCUAACAAGAAACCAAGGAAAGGAAUGGCAACUGCAAAACAGAGACUUGGCAAAAUCCUCAAACUGAAGAAAGGAGGAAGGAUAAUCAUGUGAUGGACUGGUUUCAUCAUCACUUCAAGCAUAUAUUUGAGUGCUUUCUUACUAACUGAUGAAAGUCAUUCUCUACCACGGAAAGCUGGCCAUGCCAUAUGACACUCCAUGUUUGAUGAUAACAUUGAAAUAUUGUAUCAUCGUAACUAUUGUUUCAGACACGAGGAAAGAUCUUUAAGACCCAGACGUUGCCCCUAAUACCCUCGUCUAACUCACCAGCUCUACGGGAACGGGUUGCAAAGAUGUCAGCCCUAACCAACUUUCUUCCCUAUAAAGUGCUAUGUAUUCUGCUAAGCUGAAGGGGAAAAAUGAUAUGUGACCAUUGUAGGACAAUAUUAUUGCUGCUUGUGACAAUGGAUUACCCAGCAAUGCUUGAUUGGGCAGCCUUGAUACCAUACCUUGUCUACAAGAAGGUGUGCAUUGCCGACUGACAUACAUCAGUAUACAUCUUCUCCCAAGAUGACAAAUUAUGUCUUCAAUUGCUUUCCAUAGUGAUUGGUUUGAAGAAAUAUUGAUUUGAAUAAAUCACAAAAGUUCUUAAUAACACAGAGCCCAUGGUCUGUUAAGCCUAGAGUUACACAUGAUUUUACAGAUGCUAGAUUGUUUAAAUGAUCUCAAUUCCCAUCAACUAUAGGUGAAAUAUUAAAAUACCUUUUGAAUGCUGGUUAUCAUUUUUAAAAGAUUAAAAAGGUUGUAGGAAAUACAGUCCCCCUUUCAUAGAACACCAGGAAAAAUUUUUUGAUGGCUCAACUAGAAAGAGUAGAGCUCGAAAUGAGGGUUCAUUUUGAUACUGAUAGGUUAUUUGUGAGAUUACAAAUUUAAGGAUUUUUCUUUUUUUUCAAACCUCUUUCCCUCUUAUUUUUAUUUGUACUUAUGUUGCUCUCCAAUGGAGGUGGCACCCAGGGAAUGCCACUGACCUCACUUAGCGCAAGCACAUGUUCAAGUUCUUUGUGAAGCCAUGGGUAACUUGCAAAUAAAUUUAAGAAAUGACCUUGGGAACAAUCACACAAACA